AUGCCUCCAUUGGUCGUACCACCACACCAAUAUGACUAUAUGGUGUCAAAUCCUAUUCAAUUACCUCCUUUGUCAGGUAACGGUAACAAUUAUUUCUAUGCGAAUGCAAAUGCCGUCGCACCACCACCACCUCAUAUGGGUGGUACUUUAGCUGCUCCAGUCGUAUUACAAGGUUGUUAUAUGCCACCUCUAUUGCCUCAGUGUAAUAACAAUAAUGGUUUUUACAGAGACAGCGUCUCGUUACCUCCUCCAGGCUUACUUUUCAAUCAACCUGCUCCUCCUCAGCCUAUGGUUCAAGAUAAUGUUAACGGUGGUGUCUCUCUAGAUCUAAAUUAUGAUAUUGACACUAUGUCUGCUUUCAUUGUUCAUAAUGUCUAUGUUGGGUUUGGUAUCCAUUCUCAAAAUAAGGACAGUUAUGAUUUAUUCUUAAAGGGAAUCAAAUCUGUAUUGAAUGCUACUAGAUUACCAGUUUCGACUAUCUAUUAUUCGCUAAAUUAUCUCUCAAGGUAUUUAACACAAAAUAUUAUGAAAAAUUCGAAUCCUGGUAUCAACGUCAUUUAUCAAAAUACAAUUAUUGCUUUCAUCCUAGGCAAUAAAUUCAAUGAUGAUAAGACUUUCACCAACAAAUCUUGGUCUCAAGCUACAGGUAUGGAUUUGAAAUUAAUUAAUGAAAUGGAAAGAAAUUGGUUGAGUUCUUUUAAUUACGAAUUAAAUUCAACAAUCUUCUUAUACAAUGAUUUCAUAUUUUCUUAUGAUAUCUUUGCCAAUGAAAGAAAAAUUAUUGGGUCCCCAAUGAUUUCAGAUUGUCAAACUCCAAUUCAAAGUUUCCACCAAAAUUCAACUUUUCCAUCUUCUCCAUGCUAUUAUAACUAUUUCAAUUCUCCAAUUCAAUUGAAUAGCAAUUCAAAAUCUAGAAAUAACGAUUUCAAUUAUGAUUACUAUCAUUUUGAUUCUCAACAACAAUACUAUAAAGUAUAUUGA